AUGGAAUUGCAUGGCCUGGCACGAGCGCUUCAAUCCUGGUCCUCCAUUCGUGAAGGGAGGCAAUUCCACGUAGCAUUCCUUAAAACCGGCAUUCUGAACUACUCCGUCACCGUGGCAAAUCGUCUUCUCCAGCUAUACGCCCGCUGCGGCUCUCUCCGUGAUGCGUCCCACUUGUUCGACGAAAUGCCCCAGACAAACUCUUUCUCUUGGAACACCCUCGUCCAAGCCCACCUCAACUCGGGCCACACCCACAACGCCCUCCACUUGUUCAAUGUCAUGCCUCACAAGACCCACUUCUCAUGGAACAUGGUCGUUUCCUCAUUCGCCAAGUCUGGACACCUUCAACUAGCCUACUCUCUCUUCAAUGCCAUGCCCUCAAAGAACCACCUCGUUUGGAAUUGCAUAAUUCAUAGUUAUUCCCGAUAUGGGCAUCCUGGGAAAGCGCUUUUCCUCUUCAAGAGCAUGAAUUCUGACCCUUCACAAAUAAUGUACUGUGAUGCCUUUGUGCUGGCCACUGUUCUCGGCGCUUGUGCGGACUUGCUGGCUUUCAACUGUGGGAAACAAGUCCAUGCGCGUGUUUUCGUUGAUGGUCUUGGGUUGGAGCUUGACAGGGUCUUGUGCAGCUCGCUUGUUAACUUGUAUGGGAAGUGUGCUGAUUUGGAUGGUGCUGCUCGCGUAAUAAGUUCUGUGAUGGAAGUGGAUGAGUUCUCUUUGUCAGCUUUGAUAUCUGGUUAUGCAAAUGCUGGCAGGAUGAGUGAGGCGAGAAGGGUUUUUGAUAGAAAGGUUGAUCCGUGUGCUGUGAUGUGGAAUUCGAUUAUUUCGGGUUAUGUGUCCAACGGUGAGGAGAUGGAAGCAGUGAAUCUUUUCAGUGCAAUGCUUAGGAAUGGUGUAAGGGGAGACAUGUCUACUGUUGCUAAUAUUUUGAGCGCAGGCAGUGGUUUACUCGCUGUAGAACUUGUUAAGCAAAUGCAUGCAUACGCUUGUAAAUCUGGGGUGACUCAUGACAUUGUGGUUGCCAGUGCUCUGCUUGAUGCCUAUUCCAAAUGUCAAAGCCCUUGUGAUGCUUGCAAGUUGUUUUGUGUGCUCAAAGUUUAUGAUACCAUUUUGCUUAAUACCAUGAUCACCGUGUAUUCCAAUUGUGGAAGGAUAGAAGAUGCCAAAUGGAUUUUUAACACGAUGCCUUGUAAAACCUUAAUUUCAUGGAAUUCGAUCCUAGUUGGCCUAACCCAGAAUGCGUGUCCAAGUGAAGCGUUGGAUGUUUUUUGUCAGAUGAAUAAGCUGGACUUAAAAAUGGACAAGUUUAGUUUUGCCAGUGUUAUCAGUGCUUGUGCCAGCAAAUCAUUCCUUGAACUUGGUGAGCAAGUAUUCGGUAAAGCUAUUACCAUCGGACUUGACUCCGACCAGAUAAUUGCUACCUCCCUUGUUGAUUUUUAUUGCAAAUGUGGUUUUGUUAAGAUAGGGCGUCAAGUUUUUGAUGGAAUGGUAAAAACUGAUGAGGUCUCGUGGAACACAAUGCUAACGGGGUAUGCCGCAAAUGGAUAUGGAAUUGAAGCACUGACACUCUUUAGUGAAAUGAGGUAUUGUGGUGUCAGGCCUUCUGCCAUUACUUUUACUGGAGUUCUUUCAGCCUGUGAUCAUAGUGGUCUGGUUGAAGAAGGAAGAUAUUUGUUCCACAUAAUGAAACAUCACUAUUGUAUAAAUCCAGGGAUUGAACAUUACUCUUGCAUGGUUGACCUUUUUGCUCGAGCUGGAUGCUUAGAGGAAGCAAUGGAUCUUAUGGAAGAUAUGCCUUUUCAGGCUGAUGCAAACAUGUGGUUGUCAGUAUUGAGAGGCUGCAUAGCUCAUGGAAACAAGAUUAUUGGCAAGAUGGCUGCAGAGCAAAUCAUUUAUCUUGAUCCUCAAAAUGCAGGUGCUUAUAUACAAUUAUCUAACAUACUUGCAUCUUCUGGGGAUUGGGAAGGGUCAGCACUAGUAAGAGAACUGAUGAGAGACAAGCAUGUUCAGAAGACUCCUGGUUUCAGUUGGGCAGAUUGUUGA